UGAAUUUGGAAAGUGCCUUCGGUGAUAGAUGAAUGUAUUAGUUUGACUCAUACUUAAAAAUACCUUGGGGUCAUGGAAUUAUCCUUUCUUAUGCCACUGUCAUCCUUUGCUUUAUCUGAUUCCCAGUGUCUUGCAGUGUAAGAGACUGCUGUGUAUUUGGUACGUAUUUAGAUUAUCAGAUAGAUAGUUCAGAGCUUUGGCACGUUGUACCUGAAGUUGCAGUGACUCAAGUCAUACGGGAUGUUACAUGAAUAUUGGAAUCUUUUCUGCCCUUCUUCUUUAUAUUUUUCCUAUAUGUGCAGACCUUUCGAUGGGCACCCGACAUCCCUGUUCCUCCACACUUUUCCUGAGAAGUAGUUCUAACAGUGGAUUGUACUGUGAGGUGAAAGGACCUGCUGAAGUUCCCAUGAUGUCACCCAAUGGAUCCAUUCCUCCCAUCCAUGUGCCUCCAGGUUAUAUUUCACAGGUGAUUGAAGACAAUACCGGAGUCCGCCGGGUGGUGGUCACACCCCAGUCUCCUGAGUGCUACCCCCCAAGCUACCCCUCGGCCAUGUCUCCAACCCAUCACCUACCCCCCUACCUGACUCACCACCCACACUUCAUCCAUAACUCGCACACGGCGUACUACCCACCUGUUACUGGGCCUGGAGAUAUGCCCCCUCAGUUCUUUCCUCAGCAUCACCUUCCUCCCACAAUAUACAGCGAGCAAGAAAUCAUACCACUCUAUGGAAUGUCGAGUUACAUCACCCGCGAAGACCAGUAUAGCAAACCUCCGCACAAAAAGCUGAAAGACCGCCAGAUUGACCGCCAGAACCGCCUCAACAGCCCUCCUUCUUCAUUAUGA